AUGCAUCCUUUUCUCUUCCUGACUGCCCUUUGCUUGGGAAUAGUCUCAGCUACUACAAAACUUGGCCUAAGGUUAGAUGCUCAAUGGAUCCAGUGGAAGGCAACAUAUGGGAAACUAUAUGAUGAGAAUGAAAGAUGGAGGAGAGUAGUGUGGGAGAGGAAUAUGAAAAUGAUUGAACAGCACAAUCAGGAAUACAGCCAAGGGAAACACAGCUUCACGAUGGCAAUGAACGCCUUUGGUGACCUGACCAAUGAAAAAUUCAGGCACAUGAUGCAUGGCCUUAAAAUCCAGAAGGACAAGGAUGGGAAAGUGUUUAAAAUACCCUUCUUUGCUGAAAUCAUUGUACCUGUAGACAGGAGACAGACAGCCGGUGUAAGUCCUAGCUUUAUAAUUUGGUUUCAGGGUCAGUGUGCUUCUGGUUGGGCUUUUAGAGCAGCUGGUGCCCUCGAAGGACGGAUGUUCCAGAAAACUGGCAAACUCGUGUCACUGAGUGAGCAGAACCUGCUGGACUGCUCUUGGUCUCAAGAUUUUAACAUUUCUUCUAGUAUGCGAAGUACAUCCAUACAUAAAGUUGCUCUCAAUUUGGUCACAUUACAACAACAAGGGCAAGUUACUUGCAACGUUUCAUUCAGAUAUUCUAGAAUUCAGGAAACCAUCAUCACCAUCAUCAUCAUCACCUUGGUGGAAUUCGUCAACAACUUGGAAUAUAUGUUUAAUACAGAAGAAAGAAAAUGUUUGCAGACUCACAGAGUCACAGUGCAUGGGGUCCCGGGUCCAGAGCCCUUUACUGUUUUCUCCAUAAAUGGAGGCACCAAGGCAAAGCAGCUUCUCCAACAAAUUCUGACUACUGAACAAGACACCAAACCUAUUGUCACAGACUAUUUUUUGAUGGAAGAAAAAUAUUUUAUAUCUAAAGAAAAAAAUGAAUGCAGGAAACAACCAUUCCAGAGAGCCAUUGGUCCAGAAGAAGAGAUCAUGCAGAUUUUAAGCAGCUGGUUUCCAGAGGAAGGAUAUGUUGGCAGGAUUGUCUUAAAAACCCAGCAGGAAAACCAAGAAGAGAGAAGCAUUGUUCAAGAUGACAAGGAGAUAAUCUUGAACUCCGAGGAGGAGAGUUUCUUUGUCCAAGUGCAUGACGUUUCUCCAGAGCAACCUCGAACAGUCAUCAAAGCACCCCGUGUCAGCACCGCGCAGGAUGUCAUUCAGCAGACCUUAUGCAAAGCCAAAUAUUCCUAUAGCAUCCUGAGCAACCCCAACCCGAGUGACUAUGUGCUUUUGGAAGAGGUGGUGAAAGACGCUACCAAGAAGUCUUCCACCCCGAAGUCCUCCCAGCGGGUUCUUUUGGAUCAGGAGUGUGUGUUUCAAGCCCAAAGCAAGUGGAAAGGUGCAGGAAAAUUCAUCCUUAAGCUAAAGGAGCAGGUGCAGGCAUCCCGAGAAGACAAGAGAAAAGGCAUUUCUUUUGCAAGUGAAUUCAAGAAGUUCACCAAGUCAACUAAACAGCCCCGAGGACUCAUAUCACCUUCUCAGGUCUUGGCCUCAGAAAGUGUCCAAAGCAAGGAGGAGAAACUGGUGGGCAGCUUGCCCUCCAGUGACACCACAGAGUACCGACAAUAACCAAGGUGAAGAUCUUUUGGUAAGAAGUUAAAGUCAAGAGUGAACAUGGUGGAAACAAAUAAAAUUCCCUUACCUUCAUCAGACUUAAACUGGAAAUUGAUGAUUUCUGAACGGAAGCCUUCUUCACACACGACGUGAGGUCCACGCUGUCAAACAAAAUGGCACCGGGCUACCUACCACCCAGUUUCCUGACGAAUGCAGCAAAGAAGCCCAGGAGAUGGCCAUUUUAUUUUAUAAAUGUCAGCAGUCGGAACAUUGCUAAGCUUGCAAUAACAGACUUAUAGAACAAGCAAGGGUCAGCAAACUCUGUCCAUAAAGGGCCAGACAGUAAGGAUCGUAGGCUUUCUGGGCCCUACAGUCUCCACUGCAGCCACUCAUCUCGGCUGUUAACAGUGCAAAAGCAGCCACAGACCAUACAGAAGUGAGUGAGCGUGGCUGUGUUCCAAUAAAAAUUUGCAGACGCUGAAAUUGCAAUUUCAUAAAAUUUUCACAUCACUAAUAAUCCUCUUCUGGGUUUUUUUUUCCAAUCACUCAAAAAUGUAAAAACUAUUCUCAAGAGCCAUACAAAACCUGGGGGCAGGCUGGAUUUGGCCCAGGGCCAUAGUUUGCUGACCUGACUUAGAAAACUGGGAACAAGAGCCACAGAGGUCUGAAAACAAGCAAGCUAGUUUAGUCAUAUACUUCAUGGCUGACGAUCGGAAGCUUUGGGGCAUUGCAAAUGUAAAUAUAUCCUGUAAGAUUCAUUAAAAAGUAAUUCAAUGUAGUUUCUAUAUUAUGCACCAUAGUGGACUCUUCUUUAGCAUUUCUUUCUAUGUAGAGAAUGAUGUUGGGGUUUUUUUUUU